AUGCCAAUAGGGGGGAGGGAGGGAAUGAGGGGAUGGGAAGCCAUGGAAGGGAAAACUAAAGCAUCUCAUAGUUGUGGGGUUCAGAGUGAAGAGAGAGAGGAGGAGGAUAGGAGGGAAAACAAAGGGAGAGGGGGAGGGGGGGAGGAGGGGCAAAGAUUACCUCUCCUCUGUGCAGCGCUGAAGGAAGGGUGUGGAGGCUAG